AUGAACCCUGUUGGCCUGACUCAGUACAGCACCUCCAGUUGUCUUUGUUUCAAAGAUUUGCGUGGCAGACUCGUCAUCCAAUUCCAGGUGGCUUUUGUAUGUGCCUUUCAGGCUUUAAACAGUUAUAAUCAAGGAGACAUAGAAGGAUCAAGAAGACUGGGUCGCAAUGCACUGUGGGUUGCAGUUGCAUCAAUUAUCAUUGGCCUUGUCAUCAUUGGAAUCUACUGCGUAGUUCAUUUCACAACGCUUCUGUUUUUCAUUGAAGUCAGUGAUGCACAGCCUGUCCUUAAUUACUCCAAUACAAAACUUCAUUCUAAUCAGUGGAAUGAGUUGAUUUCUUCAGCACACACUGAUAUAACUUGUACGUGGCGGAAUGUGGCCACUGGUUUUGAUGAGCCCAAGCAGUGGCUGUUCUGUGAACUUCUCUUUGUUUUUUUGAAUACUAUUUCAGUGGUCUGAUAAUGUCUUGUGGGACUUUGAGUAGCUUGCCUAUUAUCAGAUAUGAUACAACUGUCAUUGAGAAGUGGAAUAAAAUUACUUUUACUUCAUCUCCA